AUGAGCACGCAUUCGUCCUCCCGCAAGAAUUCGCCACGCAAGUUCGUCUCCGAAAGCUCAGAUACACGCAGCUUGACCAGCAGCAAGUUCGCCCAGCUUCUAUCCAAAUUUGAAGUCCUUGAAGCAGUCUCCUCCGUUGGCAGCCCUCCUCUUUUUUCUUCAAAGACGAAGCCCGCUUCUGCCAUCAAGGUCACUUCGACAAUUGAACAAACUUCAUCGAGCGCCUCGAAGCCAUCAUCUCAUGCAUCAACAACAAGACGGGAAAGAGGCUCAACAGGUUCCAGCCAUGUCUCCUCCAGUCGUUUCGUUCCUUCAAGCCAGGAACCCUCUCGUACACGUCGGGUUAAAACCUUUGGUGCCCAGUCGCCUGUGAUCUCGACUAGAAAUGCGGACUCAAAGGCAAGGCAAAAGUCUGUGGCUGAGAGGCGAACAAUGUUUGAGGCUGCAGACCAACAGGCCCAAAUAGAAGCCUCUAGUCCCACCCGUACUUCCAUUCCUCGUUCACCGUCCAAGUUGGCUCAUUCCAAAAGUUGGCAAUCGAUCAAGACGAGACGGUCAGCAGCAGAGCCAAGAGAAGACGAUGCUCCCACUGCGCCGAUUCCACUGCACGUUGCAAAAACAUUCUCGCCUAUGUCUCAUACUAUUCCCUCACCUCGGACACUUCUGGCUUCUGAUGAUCCUUUUGGCACAUGGCGAUCGCCUUUGAAUCGACCAGACGACUCAUGGACUUCUUUCAAGCGUAGCAGCCUCGUCAUGAGUGCGCCUGACGCGAGUCCAAGCUACAUCAAGUCUCAGUACACCGAAGUGACACCAUCGUCUGCGCAGGCGGUAUCUACGAGUCGAUUUAAGCUUGAAGAUGUUCCUGAUGAUGUUUUUGUUGAAAAGAACGACGUCACAAUCGAAGAGACCCGGCAGAAUGGCUGGGUGCGAAAUGCUCGCAAGAUAGCAUCUUCGUUGUCAAAUACAGUCUCUGCAGGAAGUUCAAGCCUUCGAAGAAAAUCCCGUGGAUCCCCUGAUGCUCCCAGCCAACCUCCGAGCAAUAGCGACGGUCUUAUGUCGUUCAGGUUUGCGAGAGCAAGUACCCCAAGUCGCUCAAGCCUACCACGCUCUAGGAUUUCCAACCUCAGAAAGCAGUUUGAUCAGUGGAAGGAUCAGCCAGUGGCCUCUGUUGCUCCUCUUGAAACUAAACGGCGCGAGUCAAUCCUAACCAAAACUUCCGCGUCUAGCUCGCCAUCGAAGCAUCCUCUUUUGGGAUACUCCGACUCUUCGGAGUCCGAAAUACUGAAUGCGCCAAAAUUCAGGUCAAAAAGUUAUGCUCCUCGUGGGAGCCGAGCUACGGUGGAAAGUCCACAAACUCCAGCUGGUCGGCGUAACACGGAGAAUCACAUUUCACCUUUGAAGCAAAAGAUCGACUUGUUUGAGUCCCUUGAUCGCCAGGUUCCUUCAUUCGAUUCUCCCCGUCCCAUUGAGACUAGUAAGCAAUCUAUGUUCAAGAUCAACAAGCGAAAGAGUACUGCUGUUGGUCCUUUGAGGAGCUUCAAGGGUACCCUUCGACGAAUUUCUACAUCUUAUCGAAGGAUACCCUCAGAAUGGAGCACUACAAGUUCUAGAGAUAUCGCCCCCUCCCAAGUUAGGGGCUCCGACGAAGAAACUGUGGUGCAGGGUGGUCAGAGUGUUGGAUCUGCAAAUGACGAACCGCUAUCACCCCGUUCAAUUGAUGCGGUUCCUGGUCAGCCCGUUCUUGGCCCUUUCGUCACCAACGAAAUCAUCUCACCUCUUUCGCUGGAAAAGCGAUCGUCUCUCCCUCGAAGUUCCAUCACCCAAGCAGGCUUCAACAUGGAUGGAGAGGCUGGACUUAGUGUAGCGCCGCCUCCUUUGUUCGCAGAACCUCAAAGGCGAUUCUCCCACACCAAGUAUGCCCUCUCCCGAACGGCCAACCGGUUUUCUCUUCCCGACAUUGAAAAGGAACUUGAACUCAUCGAGCUUCUUGAGAAUGAUCGUGAGACUGUACCCGCGCACAGCACAUUAGUCUCCAAGGUAGUCUGUGAGUUGGAGCAACCCCGACCAAUACGCGCGAAUGAGCUGAAGCGACUUGUUAGUUUGUGCAAGGAAAAAGCCAGAAAGCUUUCAGGAGGCCGCAGCGAGUAG